CAGUCAUCCGUCCUCUUCGCUCUUCAACUCGUCACUUCUGGCAUUAAUUUCAUUCAUUCUCUGCAGAAUCAUCUGCCUUGGGAUUCGCAUCGAGAGCUAAGCACGCUGCUACACAAAAAACAAAGGACACACUCCUUGCCGCCAUCCACCGCCAGCUACUGGAGCAGGAGCCACGAAGCCCGCAAUGCCCUCCAGCACGGCCCUCGACGCCCUCGGACACGCCGUGUCGGGCUCCGCCGGCACGGCCAUCUCGACGGCGGCCGUGUUCCCGCUCGACCUGGUGACAACGCGGCUCAAGGUGCAGCGGCGGCGGCGCGACCAGCAGGAGCAGUACGACGGCGUCGUGGAUGCGCUCCGGGGCAUCGCGCGCAGCGAGGGCGGCGUGUCGGCGCUGUACAACGGGCUGGGGCCCGACGUGGCCAAGUCGGUCGUCGACAGUUUCCUCUUCUUCGGCUUCUACAGCUACCUGCGCGGGCGGAACCGCCACCCCAGCGUGGUGCAGGAGCUGCUCAUGGGGUCGCUGGCGGGCGCGUGCUCCAAGGCCUGCACCACGCCCAUCUCGAGCGUCGUGACGCGCAUGCAAAUGUCCUCGGGCAGUGAGACGCUGCGCGAGAUGCUCGCCGACAUACGCAGGGAGAGCGGCGUGCUGGGUCUGUGGUCGGGUUACUCGGCGACGCUCAUCCUGACCCUCAACCCGAGCCUCACCUUCUUCGUCAACCGAAGGCUGGCCAAGCGCGUGCUGCCGGCUCUCGAGGAGGAGGACAUCCCCAUUGCCUGGGCUGCCUUCCUGUUGGCUGCCUUUAGCAAGGCGGCCGCCACCGCUCUCACAUAUCCGUUUCAGACGGGCAGGACGAGGCUGCAGAUUCCCAGCGAAACGCCUGCGGAGGAGGCGUCAGAGAAGGAUAAGGGCCUGGGCAGCCAGCAGAAGACGUCUCUCCUGGGCCGGCUGCUGGAGUUCCUCGACAAGACCGUCAUAGGGGUCAUAUUCAGAAUCGUGAAACGGGAGGGGUUGAGGGCUCUGUACGAUGGCCUGCAAGGUGAACUGCUGAAGGGCUUCUUCAGCCACGGCCUAACUAUGCUCACCAAGGGCCUCUUGCACCGCCUCGUUAUCCGCUUGUGGGUUCUUUCGCGGCCUCAUUUGCGGAAACGGCUGCAGGGCAAAUGAUUUUCCCCUUUGGGCAAGGAUGCGUCUAAGCUGCUUACAGCAUACUUCCAUGGGGCGGAUGCACCUGGCGUCAGGCCCAGCGGCGCCGAUCAACACUGGAAUGCCUCGCCGAGCUUUGCUACCACGUUUGCGCCGCGGGCUGAGAACCCAGUCCCUUCUGAUUUCAGGGCUAUCAAUCCCGGCGGGAGGGCAGCGCUUGAUUCUCGGUGCUUCGAUGCCUUGCCCGUCACAAGGGUGUCGCAGACGUAGCACAUGAUGGGCGCCUCCUCGCCCUCCUGCUUCGAGGUUUUCUUGGGUGGGAUGAGGAACUUCUUGACACAGCUCAUACAGAGGACAUGGCCGCAUUGCUCCGUCAUGACAGCAUUGGACGUGUUGGAGAGCGCCUUUAGGCAUGAGGGACAUAUUCGGCGGUCGCUCUUGGUGGAUGGAUCCGUUUCCUCCUUGAAGUUGACGGUGAUGAGUUUGUGCAGAGAUAUCGGGUGGGGGAGGUCAUCGGGCGCCGAAGGGCAUAUCGGGACGGCUUUGUCCUUUCUGACAGCGUUGGGAAGCUUCGAAUCGUGCACAUCGGGGGUCAGAGACGGCGUCCAGAAUGAUGGUAGCGUGGGUUUGGCAGCCUGAAGAGGGCGACAGUUAGCUG